CUCGAAUUCUCGACAGCUCGCUCCCUUCUUUCUCCCAAACAAACGCCGAGCCGCCCAGACAGAGGCUGAGGCUGUAUCACAGAGAAGUGAAGGCCAACCAACAAUUGCCCUGUGCGAGGCCGCGAUGAUGUCACGAGCCCCGCCUUUCUACUUGUCGGGCGUCCCUCACACAUCGUCUGCAGCCCACUCGAGCGCCUCAGCAGCACCGCGCAGCAGCGACAAUGCUAGCAAUUACCCCAGCUCGCUCGUCGGCAGCUGCUUCGUCUGCUGUGCAUUCCGCGAUAAGGAUGACGGCACGCAGCAGGACCAGCAGGGCCAUGUGUUGAUGCACCAGCACACCGACCCGUUUGUGCGGUGGCGAGAUAAGUGGAAGGGCGUGUUUGACCGGCUGCUGAAGCGGCCGGAGACUGGCGUGGAGGCGGAGGUGUUUCAGAUACUGGCGGGCAUUCUGGCGGGCGAGGCCGUGACGGAGCAGCUUUACAGUAUCUACCAGAGGAAACGGAGCGUCGUGGCACUGUUCGUGCCUGAAAUCGGUGCACACACCAAACAGAGAGGAGGGGAAACACCAGCACCCUACCCUUGGUCUUUUCCCUCUCUCUGUCUGCCCUCUGGGUUUGUGCGUGUGUUUCGUCCAUCCAUCCACAAUGUAUGUGUGCAGCCAACUAUCUUCUGCACGGUGCGGAGCCCAAUCGCUCCCACCUGGAGCAGGUCAUACUGACCCUCUCCUCCCACGACCUGCAGCUGGCCCACCAGUUCUGGUGGUACCUCCAAGGCUCCAUGAUGCCCCCUGUGCUUGUGGAGGGCCAGCUGACUCAGCCCAAGCCACAUGCAAGGGUGGAGCUGCUCAAGCGGGCCUUUGAGGAGGCGGGCAAGGAGGCCGUCAGCGGCGGCAAGCGGCCGGCAAAGAGGGAGAUCACUGCGCAGGUGAGAGAGGGGGUGUGGGUGUGGGGUGCAUGGGUCGCGAGCAGGUCUGUGUGUGUUGUGAUUGUGUGUGGGGGUGGUAGGAUGAUUCCAGUGAGAAGGCGGAUGAUGGCGCGUCGAUCGACAAGAGCCAGCUGAUGCACCGCUUCAGGAAGGUAGGUAUACACCACGCACACGUGUUUCUUCCGUGUGUCGUCCAUCCAUCCAUUCAUUUGGGCGUUAUGUCAUUCGCCAUGCAGACGCCCGAUUUCAUCGACGGCCUCGCCAACAUUUCUCGCAACCUGGUGGCCAUCAAGAGAAGAGACCUCAGGAAAGAGGUGAGGGAGCAAUGCCACUCACCGCAUCGAUGUCUGCAGCCACUGUGUGGUUGAUUUGUGUGCCAACUGAUAGGAGCUGCAGCGGCAGCUGGGCAUUCUCAACGAGAUGCUGCCGGCUGAUGUGUACAUACCCGUGCUCAACAGACAGAAAGGAGGUGCGUGUGCCAGCCCAGCCAGCCCCCUCCCACCCACCACCACCAGACACCAAAACCUCUCCUGUGUGCAAUGCACUUGUUGCAGAGAGCGAGUCGUUUGUGGCCCACACGGUGCUGCAUAUUCCCGUCGAGGAGGCAUUCUGUCUGCAUUCGAAGGACAGGGCGCCCUUCCACGUGUGCGUCGAGGUGCUCGAGACCGACAUGGACGACGACAAUGAGUGGGACACGAGAGAGGUGUGCCCCCCAACACACGUGCAUCCAUCUGUGUGUGUGCGCGCCAUCUUUCCCCUCCCAUCUCUUUGCCAUGUCAGGCCAACAAGACGGAGAGCGUGUUCGAGCUCAUGAAGAAGUCCUUCACCCCCAUGCACAACGCGUACAGCCGACGCGACUCCUACACACACACACACGACUGGCAACACAAGGCCCCCACCCACCACAACCACCCCCACGCCCACCCCUCCAUGCGCCACUCGGCCCCCCUCCCGCCCCUCUCCCCGUCAGCCGACCACCAAGCAGCAGCAAGUGCCAGUGGCAACUCGGCACACGAGCACGAAGGAAGCGAUGCCCACAGCUGCGCUUAUCAUGGUGCUGCUGGUGUGGAUGAGAAGAGUGAAGGCAGGGCGGCGGCUGGUGAGCCGAAGGGGGGCGGGGGCGGGAGCGACGGCGCGGAGCUGUUCAUCGACCCUGCUGUCGGCAGCCUGAUCGUCUCACAGGUGCGUUGGCGCGCGCAAGGGAUGCAUGGACAUCCACAUGUUUGGAUGCCUGUGCGUGUGCGUGUGUGUGUGUGCUGCAGAUGCCGGAGGAGCAGAAGCAGCAUGGCGAGCACUCCCCGUUUCCCCCCCCUGGCCGCGCCCGGAUGCCCAGCACCCACAGCCACGUGUACUCCCACACCCAGCCCGCCACGCCAUACGUCAACGACGACACCAACAGGCGAGAGAGAACCAUCACUGAGGAGGAGACCAGAGGUAUGUAGCCACACCCACACACACACAGAUGAAUCGAUGGGGGGCAUCUGCUUGUGUGCAUGGCAGGUUGGAAUCCGCCCAUCGUCAGCCACAAUGUGAGCAUGGCAGCGUCGGCGGUGCGCUCGUCCGACCGGCUGGAGGGAGACGAUGACGACGACAACUUCGAGCUCACACAGGAAGAGCUGCAGUUCUUCGUAAGCCACCGCCACAUCUCUCUUCCUCUCACUCUCAUUCUCUCACUCUCUCUCUCCCGGUGUGUGUGCAGGAGCGUGUCAAGCAGAAGGGCGGUGCGCGUGGCAUCUUCGGCCAAGUGACGUGGGAGCAGGUGCAGGAGCGUGUGCGCAAGGCCUCCAAGUUCGGUGGCGAACGGGGAUGGCGGCUCGUGUCGGUCAUCGUCAAGACCAACUGCGAGCUGCGCCAGGAACAGCUGGCCGCACAGCUGCUCGGCUGGUUCCAGCGGGUAACUAACACGUGCGCAAGAGAGAGGCCGAGGGAGAGAGAGAAAUGCGUGCUGCACGUGUGGCUUGGCUGCAUGUCCUGCGUAUCAGGUGUGGUCUCGCGCGAAGCUGAAGCUGUGGCUGAAGCCCUUCCACGUGCUGUCGACGUCGUACGAUGCCGGUGGGUGGGCAGGAGGGCCGCGUGUGUGGUGAAGGCAUAUGUGUGUCUCUGUGUGUGUGUGGUUUGUCCAUGCAGGUCUGAUAGAGACGAUCCCCGACGCGAUAUCGAUCGACUCACUCAAGAAGACCUUCCCGGGCUUUGUGUCGAUCAAGGACUACUUCGAGCGGGUCAGCCAGCAGGACCAGAGAAAGCACCCGCACAACGAACACACACACACGAAGCAUUGGUCUGUGGUGCUGCUGUGUGUGUGGGUGUCAUAUGUGCAGACGUACCCCCACUCCCGUCUGCUGCAGAAGGCCAAGCUCAACUACGUCGCCUCAAUGGCCGCCUACUCCAUCGCUUGCUACAUCCUGUCAAUAAGGGACCGGUAGGCACACACAUUCUCCCUCCCGCUCUCUCUCCCCCUCCACACUCGUACACAAUUUUCAGGCACAAUGGGAACAUUUUGAUCGACACCGAGGGCCACGUCAUCCACGUCGACUUCGGCUUCAUGCUGUCUAACGCCCCCGGGAACGUGCGGUUCGAGCCGCCCUUGUUCAAGCUCACCAACGAGCUGCUCGAGGUCAUGGAGGGGCCGCGCUCGACGCUCUUCAGAAAGUUCCGCGCCAGAGUCGUCAAGGGCUUCUUGGCUGUGAGGAGGGAGAUGGACAACCUCUUGGGGCUCAUUGAAAUGAUGAUGCUCGGUAGGCAAUUGCGCACGCAAACAGAGACACGACACCGUUCGCUCGCUCAUUCGUUUCUCUCUCUGUGCGUUAAGGUGAGGAGAACAUAGCGUUGCCGUGUUUUGCGUCGGGUCACGAUGCGGUCAUCGGCGGCAUCCGGGAGAAGAUCCCCGAGAUGAUGCCCGAGCUGGACUUCAGGCAGCACAUACACAACCUCAUCGACGCAUCCGUCGACAACUGGCGGUCACGAUGGUCCGUACGGAUGCCCUCACACACACACGGAUGCCAUCGCUGCUGCACGUGUGUGUUGUGUGGUGUCUUGUGUGUCAGGUACGACAAGUAUCAGCGGUACUUCGUGGGCAUCAUGUGAUGACUGGACCGCCUGGACCGAUCGAUCGCACCCAUUGCCAUCGUGCCCGGCAGUUUUUGAUGCCUGCCUGCCUGCCUGCCUGUGUCGAUUCGUUGCCCUCUGCCUGACAGUUUUGCCACGUUGCUGCGAGCAUUCCGCUCGCCCCCUCGUUCAUUUCCCACCACACGCUUGCGUCUGCCUGGUUGGUGCUGAUUUGAGGCAGCAAGGAGGGAGAUGCAGACGGAUGGGGGCGAAGUGAAUGAGGGCGCGACGAGGACAAAUGGACAAGCUAACGUGAAUGCUACUUCACGAGGUGAGGCUUUAGGGUUCGCG